AUGAACGACAGGUACCACCGGGCGGCCAGCGACGGCUACCUGGACGUCCUGAAGGAGGCGACCCGGAAGGAGCUGAACGCGCCGGACGAGGACGGGAUGACACCGACUCUGUGGGCCGCGUACCACGGGCACCUGGAGGCGCUAAGGCUCAUCGUGGGGAGAGGAGGUGACCCUGACCGCUGUGACAUCUGGGGGAACACGCCGCUCCACCUGGCAGCGGCCAACGGCCACCACAACGUCCUGUCCUUCCUGGUGGUGUUCGGUGCCAACGUGUGGUGUCUGGACAACGACUACCACACCCCGCUGGACAUGGCCGCCACCAAGGGCCACAUGGACUGCGUCCGCUACCUGGACUCCAUCGCCGCCAAGCAGAACACCCUCAACCCCAAGCUGGUCGGCAAGCUGAAGGACCGGGCGUUCCGAGCCGCGGAGCGCCGCAUCAAGGACUGUGAGAAGCUGCAGAGGAAGCACCGGGAGCACAUGGAGAGGAAGUUCAUGAAGGAGUCGGCGGCUGUGGACAACCUGGACGCCAUUAGCUUCUCCAGCUACACCAGCAGCUCCACGCUGAGCCGCAAGUUCAACACGGUCACUUCCAACAUGCCAUACUCACAGGCCACUCUGCACUCCACCGCCAAGGGCAAGGCCAAGAUCCAGAAGAGGCUGGAGAAGAAGAAGCAGGUUGACGGAACGUUCAAGAUCUACGAGGACGGGAGGAAGAGCGUGCGCUCGCUGUCCGGCCUGCAGCUCGGCAGCGACGUGAUGUUCCUGAAGCAGGGCACCUACACCAACCCGAGGCAGAGGACACGCCUCAACAUCCGCCACAUGUUCCCCGGGGACGACGAGGACGACACCGUGUCCCGCGCCAUGAGCGACCCGGGCCUCCACGAGGCGGCGUACUCUGAGAUCAGCGCAGACUCCGGUCGUGACUCGCUGUUCACCCGACCUGGACUCGGCACCAUGGUGUUCAGGAGGAGCUACCUGAGUCGGGGGACGUUUGGGAUCGGGACUCCAGACGAGGGGAGCGUCGUGGGCAGUGAACCUGUGGGGGGGGCGCCGAAUGUUCGUCUUCGUGGACAUCUGCCCCGCCGCUCGCCCAGCUUGGACGAGGACAGUAUCGGCAGCGCAUUGAGUCUUCUAGAGAGAAACCAGCAGGAGCUGCCCUGGGAGGAGGACGACGUGGGACUGGACGAGGACCUGGAGCCGGAGAACAGUCCCCUGGAGACCUUCCUGGCCUCACAGAACCUCGGUGAGUUCAUGCCGAUCUUCAGGAGGGAGAAGAUCGACCUGCGUGCUCUGCUGCUCUGCUCCGACCGGGACCUCGCCAGCAUCCACCUCCCUCUGGGCCCCAGGAAGAAGCUGCUGGACGCCUGCAGGAGACGUUUGGACACAAUAGACGAACCAGAGGCCAUCGAAGACACUGAGCUCUGAAGGUCAGGGAGGAGACAUUUACAUUUUAAUUUAACAGAGAAUCUCCAGUGUUCACACGUCACUGAUUCUGGAGGAAGCCGUCAUGUCGACCAUCUUUAUUCACACUGUAGGGUUUGCAUGACACCACAUUGCAGGAGGAAUGGCUCCAUCUUGUGGUGAUUCACGAUACAACAAGAGGCCUACAAGCCAUUUUAGCAGCAUGACACUUUAGUUCAUACUUUAUUUGUCUUUUUAUAAUAAAGGAAAAUACUGUUAUUAUUUCUCUGAGCUGGACACUGGUCUCCUCCAGUGAAACCUGACUGUUACACCUGAGUGUCUGUUUUUACUGGAUGUACUUUAACGACUUAAAAUAAUGUUUAUUAUGUGUUUUUUGUACAGUUUUCCUACUUUAAACAUGUUAUUUUACGUGUGGCAGAUAAAAGCUGACUCUGCUCAUUACUGUGAGGUUGUAUGAGUGUUUAUUAGACAACACAUUGUUAUCUCUUCACUUGAGAGUGUGAGUCUGUGCAUGAAUGAAGGUUUUUACCCUCUGAGGACAUAACUGCAAACGAGAUGAUCUCUUAAUAAAAUUAAGUGAAAAUUA